AUGUGCCGCCAUAACUUCGGUGCCCUUACCUGCGAGUCGUGUCGUUCAUUCUUUAGGAGAAAUGCAAACAGAGCUCAGAGAUUGAUUCAUACAUACAAAGAGAGGGAACUAAUCGCUAAAUCUAAUGAUUUGAAACAAAUAAAAUAUAAAGAGAGAAGUCUUUCUCAAGUCUUGACAGACAGUUCGCCGUCGGAUGUGAUGUCUUUGUGUCGAAAGUAUGGGAUGAGUGACAACACAACCAAUACUGCCAUCAGUCACAUCUCAGACAUUAUACGUGGGUCCACAGAAGAUGCUGCGAUUUUGAGAUUUGAUGUUUUAAGAAUGGGUGUCCACAAUAUCUAUGAUUUUCAAAAGACCUUCAUGAAUAAACUUAAUGAAGAGUGUAGUAAUGACAUGAAUCUAAUAGAUUUGUUAUGA